CUCAAUUGCCUGACACCACCCCUCUGUGACAACAACUCCAUAUUGUCUGACACCAUACACAUGAACUAAGCUUAUAUUCUCACUUUACCGACUGCAAGCAUUUCGCCCUGUAGGGUAACCAGCGACAGCUCUCUGACUCCUAGAUAUUUGUUGCCCCAACUGGCAGCGAUGCUACCUUCCGCAGCAGCCUCCUUUCGUCCGCCGAAUCACUCAUCGGCCAUCGCCCAACAACAGUCAUCGGCCUUGGCAGCGCGUAUAGCUUCCAAGAAGGCCGAGCUAGAGAAUUUAAGGCAGUUGCGAGACAUGAGCGGUGCACUGGCAGAGCAGAUGCAAGCCUUGGAAAUCAAGAUUGGAACUCUCAGAGAUGGAACUGAAGCCGUCGCUUGUGUUCUUGCAAACUGGGACAAUGUACUGAGGGCGAUUAGUAUGGCCUCGGGUGAGCAUUUUACCUACUCUUCUCAGGUCUCAGUGGUGGUGGAUGCAUUUUGAUGAUAUUGUCACCCAUAGUGAACCCCGUUACCCCUGGUUCCGCAAGCAAGAGCGAUCUCAACAACCCACAAUUACCCGCAACCCUCGUAAGAGUACCAGCUGAGUCUCACGACGCAUCAGGGGACCGAUGAU